AUGGGUCAGUCGCAUUCCAAGAACAACGCCAACUCGGGCGACUCGUUGCAAUCGUACCCGUCCUUUUCGAAAUCCGACACCAAGGAAUCCAUUCGCUCCUUCCGCGGCUCCAUCCGUUCAAAGAUCCCGGGUGCUCGCGGCGCCGACAGCCCACGAGGUUCCACCACUGCCUUGUCCCAGACCGACAGCUUGAAUGAUAAAUCCGAUGCAGCCUCGACCAGGUCGGCUGGCGGCAGUCGCCCGGGUUCUAACGCCGGUCUGCCCCAGUCUCCCGGAUCAGAGGGUCCUUCACGUAACGGCUCCCCCGAGCCCCCGCCAUCCCCUUCACUGUCAGCAAGUCUGAAGCGAGGUCAUAAAGAUGUGAGCGCAAUGAAAGAGAGUGGAGAGGUGGACCAUGUAUCAGAAGGUCCACCUCAAGGUGCGCCGGCGACUACUCCAGUCGUUGGUGAAUCUAUCUUGGUCAAACGAGAGAACCAGCUGAAUCCAAUCCUGGAUUUCAUAUUGAACGCUCCUCUCGAGACUUCUGGGUCCCCAGGAAUGGGAAUGGGUGCUCUGAAGUCCAUUGACUUAGAUGACAUGAUCUCACGACUGCUGGAUGCUGGCUACUCCACCAAGGUGACCAAGACUGUCUGCUUGAAGAACGCCGAAAUCACUGCGAUUUGUUCGGCGGCUCGAGAGCUCUUCCUUUCGCAGCCUGCGCUUCUGGAACUGGCGGCACCCGUCAAGAUUGUUGGCGAUGUGCAUGGCCAGUACACUGAUUUGAUUCGCCUUUUCGAGAUGUGCGGUUUUCCACCAGCAUCGAACUAUCUUUUCUUGGGUGACUAUGUCGACCGAGGAAAGCAAAGUCUGGAAACCAUUUUGCUUCUUCUGUGCUAUAAGCUCAAGUACCCGGAGAAUUUCUUCCUGCUUCGAGGUAAUCACGAGUGUGCCAAUGUCACUCGCGUUUAUGGGUUUUAUGACGAGUGUAAGCGACGUUGCAAUAUCAAGGUUUGGAAGACAUUUGUCGACACUUUUAACUGCCUUCCCAUCGCUGCCAUUGUUGCGGGGAAGAUUUUCUGUGUUCAUGGUGGAUUGUCACCGAGCCUGUCUCACAUGGAUGAUAUCCGGGGCAUUGCCCGACCUACCGAUGUUCCUGACUAUGGCCUGCUAAAUGAUCUCCUGUGGAGUGAUCCAGCCGACAUGGAGGAAGACUGGGAGCCCAACGAACGUGGUGUUAGCUAUUGUUUUGGUAAAAAGGUCAUCAUGAACUUCCUGCAGCGUCAUGACUUUGACUUGGUGUGCCGUGCCCACAUGGUUGUUGAAGAUGGAUACGAAUUUUAUCAGGACCGGAUUCUGGUUACAGUGUUUUCCGCUCCCAAUUAUUGUGGCGAGUUCGAUAAUUGGGGAGCCAUCAUGUCUGUGUCUGGGGAACUACUCUGCAGUUUCGAGUUGUUGAAACCCCUGGAUUCCACCGCAUUAAAGAAUCAUAUCAAGAAGGGCCGCAACAAGCGGAACAGCAUCCUAAGCAGCCCUCCUGCGGUUCCAGCUGCCCAAAGUUUUUAA